AACAUGUGUGAAUGUUUUGGAAAAUGUUAAUAGUUCUAUUUCAGAUAUCUCUAAAUAUUUCCUUAAUAAACUAUCAGGUACUGUUGCAGUAAUCACUUCUGAUGGAAGAAUGAUUGUGGGAACCCUCAAAGGUUUUGAUCAGACCAUUAACUUAAUUUUGGAUGAAAGCCAUGAACGAGUGUUCAGUUCUUCACAAGGAGUUGAGCAAGUAGUUCUCGGAUUAUACAUUGUAAGAGGUGAUAACGU